AUGAGACGAUGGGCACCUUGGAUGGAAAAUAAAAUUAAAGAUCAGUUGGCUAAAAAAGGACAAGACGAUGUAAAUCAUCGAGCAAUGGAUGAUAUCAAAUGGUCUAUAUCAUUUAUGAGAGAAUUUCGACCAAUUCUGGAGAAACAGCAACCACGUGAUGUAAAUAGACAACCAAUACAACAUCGCCGACAACGUAGUGUAUCUCCGUCAUUAGUUGCACGAAAUAAACAUGAGAAUAAUAAUAAAGUGCAAUUAUAUGCUGAUGAACGAAGAUUAUUGGAACGAUUGGAGCUCGAAAAGACGAUUAAUAUAAAAAGUCUACAUUUAAAUAACGAAAAUCAAGAAAUAUAUAUUGCAAAUCCACAUUUACGUGAAAUAUUUAUAAAUAAACAACAAAUUAGAUAUCAUACAAAAGAAUUUACUGUUGAAGAUCGUUUUCUUAAAUUAUCAUCUAAACAUUACGAUAAUAAGAAUUUGAAUGUAAAACAAGUAAAUACUACUGAAUAUUGGGGACAAAGAAAAUUACUUCUUACUGAAAUUGAAUUCUUAACAAAUUACACUGCUGCUGGUACAAAAUAUUUAGUAGUUUAUGCUGGUGCUGCUCCUGGUUCACAUAUUAAUUAUUUAAGUUCAUUAUUUCCAUAUCUUGAUUUUGAACUUAUUGAUAGUCAAGAUUUUUCGGUUACUGAAACUAAUGAAAUUAAAAUUCGAUCAGAAAUAUUUACAGAUAAAAUAGCAAAAUCUUUUUCUGUUCUAAAACAACGUAUAUUAUUUAUUUGUAAUGUCCGAAUAUUUGAUCCGAAAGAUCAUGGUAACAAUGAUAUGCAGAAGCAAAUGGCAUGGCAUAGAAUAUUAAAACCUUAUGCAUCUUUAUUAUACUUUCGUCUUCCAAAGACACAAGGUAAAACUGAAUAUUUUAAAGGUAAUCUUAUUAUUGAACCAUGGUCUUCAAGACAAAGUACAGAAUGUCGAUUGGUAGUUGAUCAAGAUCAAACUCUAAUCGAUUAUGAUCAUUCGGAAUUUGAAAAUGCUCUGAUACAUUUUCAUAAUGAUCAGAGAAUUCGAUUUUAUCGACAUAAUAUGGAUAAAGUCGAUAAUGAAGGACUCGAUCAUUGUUAUGAUUGUCGAACAGAAAUAUUCAUUUUACAAGAAUAUAUUAAGAAAUUCCGAAGAAUGAGAAAUGAAAGUGAAGUACAAGAUGAAAUAGCUCGAAUGUCACGUGAAAUAUCAAGAAAAAUCGUGGAUGAAAAAAGAAAACCAGUUCUUGAUACUCUACGAACAUUAGAUGUUAUCCCAAGAAGCCCACCAAUUGUCUCAUCAAGUAUAUGCUGCUUUUAA